AUGGAGCAGGAGCCAACAAGCGAUUCAUCCUCUUCUUCCUCAGAUGCAACUAAUGAACCAAAUCAACCAAAUUAUUAUCAAAAUCUUACUCAAUCUAAAACAUCGUUGCUUGGAAGGUCUCAAGAUAUUCAACCCCAAGGAUUAUUGAUUGAUCAGGCUGCUGGAUCAAGUGGCCUUUAUCAAAGUGGAGGCACUUGGAAUCAAAUUCAAUUCCCAACCAUACCAAUUCAGCAAGGAAUGGAGGCUUGCAGCAUCAGAUCAGCACUUCCUCUUCAUGAUCAGGAAAAGGGCCUGUCAACCAAUUACAGUAGGAUGAAAAUGGCAUGGGAAAAGGACAUUCCGGCAAGGUCAAAUCUUCAGCUAACCAGUAGGAUUUUACAAGGUCAAGGCACUCCUAGUGCCUCAACCUCAAGACCCAGGUCGAUUAAGAACGGAGUUUAUGAUGCAAUUUAUGAAGUAAUUGGUUUGCCAGUGGACCCCCAUUUACGCAUGUUUGUUGCAAGAGGUGAUAGUGCAGGCAUGCAGUGAACAACUUUGAGAAUCAGAUUGAUCAAGGAGCUUCCAAUCUUAA